GUCGGUGGUGGGGCACAUGCACCCAAGGCCAGCGGCAAGAAUCACAGGCUGGCCACGUGACCUGUCACUGGCUGCCGUGACGCUCGGUGAAUUGGAGCCACCGUAAUGUGGAUCUGACUCCUGGCCUUGCACCAGCGCAUCGUGCGCCACGGUCCUCUCGAGCAUGACUUUGAUAUUCCACAAUGGGCAGCGAAUCCAUGGAGGACAUAUCUGGAUCCUUACAGAAACUUGAUUUCCAUCAUCCCUACACCCCAUACCAUGUUCAAGAGCAAUUCAUGCGGACUGUGUACAAUGUUCUGGAAGCAGGCAAUGGCCAAGUCGGCAUUCUUGAAAGCCCUACCGGCACAGGGAAGUCAUUGUCUCUCAUCUGCGCAACACUAACCUGGCUUCGCGCCUACAAGUCCUCCCGCCAUGAAGUUGCGCUUUCUGCAGCCACGUCCAACAUCCAAGACGAGCCCGAAUGGAUCAUUGACCAAAUGCUCGCGCAGAAGCGCGACGAGCUGUUGCGUGAAUGGGAAGACCGUGAACGGCGGCUUGAGCAGCUUCGCACAAAGGAGAAGGCUCUUGAGACCCGCGUUCACAAACGUAGACGACUUGAAGAGCGGCCUGUUGGGCGCGAAACUGAUGACGAAGACGCCGCAUUCCUCUUGCAAGACACAGAAUCCCCGGGCAGUGGGCAUACGGAUGCACUCUCUGGGUUGAGUAAAGAGUCGCGUGAAAUCCUUGGCAGGUUCGGUAUUGGCGGUGCCACAAGUGCAGAAACGCCCGUGGCAGAGCAACUGAUGGACGAAGACAUCAAGAUAUACUAUACGUCUCGUACGCACUCUCAGCUGUCGCAAUUCAUUACGGAGCUUCGCCGUCCGACUUUUCCACCUUCGCUGCCAAAGUCGAUGACCGAGGGGAGAGACUCUGAGACGGAGGCUGUGAAACUCCUGCCCUUUUCAUCACGUCAACGAUUAUGUAUCAACCCGUCAGUCGCGAAACUAGGCUCUGUACAAGCAAUCAACGACAGAUGUGCGGAAUUGCAGCAACAGAAGUCCAGCCAAAAGUGCCCUUACGUGCCGAAAGAUGAGCUGCUAUCGCAGACGCAUGAGUUUCGAGACUCAGCACUGGCCUCUAUACCUGAUAUCGAGGACUUACAUCAGCUUGGCAAGUCUCUGGGUGUUUGCCCAUACUAUGCGUCAAGAACAGCCUUGCCAGGUGCUGAAAUCAUCACGCUACCAUACCCUCUACUCCUUCAGGAAAGUGCCCGAGAUGCGCUCGGUAUCAAACUGGAUGGGAAUGUGGUCGUCAUUGACGAGGCGCACAAUAUCAUGGACGCAAUAGCCAAUGUCCACGCCGCCGACAUACGCUUGAGCGACAUGAAACGGGCAAAGGGCAUGCUGGGCGUCUAUGUCAGGCGUUUCGGCAAGAAACUCGGCGGAGUCAACCGCGUCAACGUCGGACGCGUGGGCAGAAUCAUCGAGGGCUUGUCAGAAUGGAUGCAACAGGCGACACAGCUCAAGCAAGACAAUGGCAUCGUAGAUGCCAACGACUUGACCCGUCACAAAGGCAUCGACCAGAUCAACAUGUUUGAGUUGAUCAAGUACAUCCACGAAUCCAAACUGGCCUUUAAGAUUCAGAGCUACGUCGCGCACGUUGAGAGCGAAAAUGAUCCGAAAGGCAUCACAAGGUCCAGCACGCCAGUGCUCCAUAGCCUGGUAGCAUUCCUGGUAGCACUGACCAACCUGAGCUCGGAGGGUCGGAUAUUCUUCGAACGAACGGCAGAAGAUGUCAAGUUGUCAUAUUUGCUUCUUUCGCCGACACAUGCGUUCUCUUCCAUUGCCGACAAUGCUCGCGCGGUCAUUCUAGCAGGCGGGACAAUGUCCCCCUUUGAGGACUACGAGAACCACCUGUUUCCAUCGUUGGCAAAGGAGAAAGUCACAACCCUAAGUUGUGACCAUGUCAUCCCACCCGAGAACCUGUGCGUUCGAAUCCUCGCUCAAUCUCGACCUGGCAACCCAGAAUUCGAGUUCAGCUUCCAGAAGCGCAGCGAUCGCGACAUGAUCACACAGCUUGGCCUUGCUGUCGUCAACGCCUGCUCCCUCGUUCCUGAUGGCGUGGUGAUCUUUUUCCCCAGCUACGGGUAUUUGGAUGAGGUUGUCAGCAUGUGGCAGCAGAAUAACAACGGACAGUCUAUAUGGUCACGCCUUGAGUCCCGCAAAGCUUUGUUUCGGGAGGCCAAGGGGGCCUCAAGCGACGAGAUGCUCGCUGCGUACACCGAUGCAAUCAUUGGCACCAGCAGCACGGGCAGGGGAGCUUUGCUGCUCAGUGUCGUUGGCGGCAAGAUGUCCGAAGGCAUCAAUUUCUCGGAUCGCCUUGGACGGUGUGUCAUGGUCGUUGGCCUGCCGUAUCCGAAUAUUGCCUCCCCGGACUGGAAGGCCAAACUCGAGUACAUUGAAUCAACGACGUACGAGCAGCUCACGGGCAAAGCCAUACCCCCGAAUGAGGCGCGCGCACAAGCCAAGGCGUCCAGUCGCGACUUUUACGAAAACGCCUGCAUGCGCGCUGUCAACCAGAGCAUUGGUCGCGCAAUCCGCCAUCGGGGGGACUAUGCUGCCAUCGUUCUUGUUGACAAGCGCUUCGGUAGCGAGAGAAUCCGUGGCAAACUGCCAGGCUGGAUCCGCAGCGGCAUGGACAAGUCGAAUAAAGACAAGAAUCUCGGUGAGCUGAUGAGCUCUCUGGGCACGUUCUUUCGCAACCGGAAGUGAGCCGGCGAAUCUGGGCCGGAGGUCUUCUCGAACUACGGGUCGGUGGCCGGCCAUGAGACGGAUGUCGCUGAAUGAACCAGUCCCCAACAAUUCCCUGCUGUGAAGAGUCACAGUUCGCUCUCGCAGUAGAUGGCGGAAACUGGCUGCGCAGGUCAAGGAAGACUAUUGUGAGGCUUCUGGUUUAUGAGCCUGAUGCUCAGUGAAAAGUAGAAGAAGGCCAAUCAAUGCCCCCGGAGCCUUGAGCUUGUGACAUCGUGGUCAGUGAACAACUUGAAUCCAUCCUGGUCCAAACUCGAGAGUCAGGUUCGACAGUGCGUGAAAGCCACCGGCAGCGGCUUCUGCCGUGAGAAGCGCUGAUUCGUCCUUUACCCACACCGGGAGAAGAUUUUCUGGAUCUCCUUCUAGACCCCGAAUUACGGACUUGGAGGGGUGGGCUGCGGGCAACUGCGGAAUUAAUUGAUAACAAUCGGC